AUGAAGGUAUCAUUGCUAUUAGCUUCUACGUUACUACUGAACCAUGUUCAUGGUUACAAACAAGUUCAUAAUCCAAAGGAAGAAAAAGAAAGUACUUCUGAAGAACAGAAGCCAUGGAUCCGUACUAUUUAUUCUACCGAAAAGGAGAUUGUUACUCCUACUGUUAUUGAUGGUGUCACAUUUUCAGCUAAACCAGCUGCAACUAGUGAUGCUCUUGAACCGUGGGUUUCUUUGGAGAAAAAUGGUAGACCAAAGACUAUUAAACCUGAAAUUAAAAAUGGUCAUACCAAGAAAGGUAAACCAGACUACUCUACUUAUUUCAAGACAGCUGCCGUGCGUACUUAUUCAUAUGAGGAUUUGAAGGCACAUAACAUGGACCCAAAUGAUGUCUAUGUGGAAGACUAUUUUAUUGAUGAAGAUGAUACUUAUACUUCUUUGAAUCCUAUUAUGAGAUGUACACCUGACAAUUAUUUCCAUAAGGGUCUAUCUAAAGAUGUCUCCAGUGAACCAUUCUGUACUCCACGUGAGAACUCAAUGUGGAAAGUUGGUACUACUUAUUUCGUUUCAUGGUACACACGCUUCUUUGAAAACGAACAUAAUGGUAAAAUUGCUGAAAAUGUACGUAUCCAUAUGUCUUAUGUUAAGGAAAAGGCUUCAGAUAAAGGUUACCAUAAAAGAGAUAUUCCGGGCACCUUUUUCACUUCAGAAUGGAUGAAAAACAUCGAUGGUGUAUAUGCUAUUGAACCAGAAGAGGAAUGGUUACAAGGUGCAUACGAGCGUAGAAUAGUACUAUCCGUUCAACCUAAUUAUAUUUCAGAUGAAGAAUUUUCUCCAUUAGAAAAUGGUGUCCUGUUACAUAUGAUAAUGGGUUCAAAAGUAUCCAAGACUACUAAGGAAGAAUGGGCUUUAGCCGAUGCUGGUAUUAGUGAUAGUAAGUGGUACUACAUUGCAUUAACAAUGCCUGCAGUUGCUGUUGUUGUCUUCGUCAUUCUAUACUUCUUUUUACAAGCUAACAAAAACAUGAGAGAUUUUUCUGAUAUCACAAAGAGUUCAUUAAAUAAGAAGCGUAGGGUGAUAGGUAAAUUUGCAAAUAUGAAGAAAUUUAAGAACAUGAAAAAUCACAAAUAUGAAGAAUUACCUAUUUACAAUAAAGGUAAAGGUAAGCAAAGUUAA